GACGUGUCGAGCCCCGCGGAGCUCCUGCUGGCUGUGGGAACUGAAGCCAGGUGCCGCACGCCCGCACACCUGCAGGCGCUUGCAGCGGAAGACACGCUGGCUGUUUUCACCCCUUUUCUCCCUGCCCUUCGCCAGGCUCUGCAACCCGUGCCCUGAGCCCGGGACUGGUCCGUGGUAGGCACGGCUUUGCAAACUUACGAACACGACCGAAAGGUCCCAAAGCUAGUCUAGGUCACCCCAGCCGCCGCACUAGCUGCCUGGAUUUUGUUGGGUAAAACCGAAGGAGUCUCUGAAAUCGGAAAGCCGUGUGUGCGUCCUCACCCGGAGGAGCCUUGGGGACACUGACAUCGCUUCACCCUCCCACCAGCAUCCAGGUCUACUGCCCCUCGUCCCUGGGCGCCCUCGGCCACCCGCAGGUUUCUUCUCUCUGCUCACCGGGUCCUAGAGGUCCCGGCGGGCGGAGCGAAGCUGCUGUGACGUCACGGGAGGGGGCGUGGGGAAAUGUGCCCAGGGGCUGCCACCCGCCCGGGCCAGUGCUAGCGGCGCAGCCACCGGCGCGCUCGCGAGGCCACCCGCGCCCGGAGCACCAGUCCGCGGCCGGGCGUCGAUGAUCUGCAGGCCAGGCCACCUCUUUUGGGGCCCAGGCCAACGCUCUCAGACGCCAGAGGGACAAGUACGAACCAGCCAAGGAAGCUGAGAGCCCGGAGUCACCGCCGAGCGCCAGGCACCGGCCAAGCUGCUGCGCUCCCGGGUACCCGGCUGGGUAAAGGACAGCUUCUGGGUGCUGGGGAACACAGAGAAACCGAGUCCUCGUGGAAAAACAAGAUGUCACAAUAGAUUCUUGGCCCCUAGAGCCCACUGAGGUGAGAGGAAAAUCUCUGAGCUGCUUGGUUCUAUACUAAGUGAAAAGCAGUCAUGGAGAUGACAGCUGAGCAGUCCAACGGGAGCCAAAUAUGGAUGCCCUCUCCAUUUGACAUCAAUGGCUCACUGGGGCCAAGCAAUGGCUCCAACCAGACAGAGCCAUACUAUGACAUGACAAGCAAUGCGGUCCUCACCUUCAUCUACUUCGUGGUGUGCGUUGUCGGGCUGUGUGGCAACACGCUUGUCAUUUACGUUAUCCUUCGCUACGCCAAGAUGAAAACCAUCACCAACAUUUACAUCCUCAACCUGGCCAUUGCAGAUGAACUCUUUAUGCUGGGGCUGCCCUUCUUGGCCAUGCAGGUGGCGCUGGUCCACUGGCCUUUCGGCAAGGCCAUCUGCCGGGUAGUUAUGACGGUGGAUGGCAUCAAUCAGUUCACCAGUAUCUUCUGCCUGACGGUCAUGAGUAUCGACCGUUACCUGGCUGUGGUCCACCCCAUUAAGUCAGCCAAGUGGAGGCGACCCCGGACAGCCAAGAUGAUCAAUGUGGCCGUGUGGGGCUUGUCUCUGCUAGUCAUUUUGCCCAUCAUGAUAUACGCUGGCCUCCGGAGCAACCAGUGGGGGAGAAGCAGCUGUACCAUCAACUGGCCAGGUGAAUCUGGGGCGUGGUAUACAGGGUUCAUUAUCUAUGCCUUCAUCCUGGGGUUCCUGGUACCCCUCACCAUUAUUUGUCUUUGCUACCUGUUUAUCAUCAUCAAGGUAAAGUCCUCUGGAAUCCGAGUGGGGUCCUCCAAGAGGAAAAAGUCAGAGAAAAAGGUCACCCGAAUGGUGUCCAUAGUGGUGGCUGUCUUCAUCUUCUGCUGGCUCCCUUUCUACAUCUUCAAUGUCUCUUCCGUGUCUGUGGCCAUCAGUCCCACCCCAGCCCUGAAAGGCAUGUUUGACUUUGUGGUGAUCCUUACCUAUGCCAACAGCUGCGCCAACCCCAUCCUGUAUGCCUUCUUAUCUGACAACUUCAAGAAGAGCUUCCAGAAUGUUCUCUGCUUGGUCAAGGUGAGUGGUACAGAUGAUGGGGAACGGAGCGACAGUAAGCAGGACAAAUCCCGGCUGAAUGAGACCACGGAGACCCAGAGGACCCUCCUCAAUGGAGACCUCCAAACCAGUAUCUGAACUACCCAGAAAUGCACGAGCCAAGCCCCGCCUCCUGGCAGUGCGUUUCCCUCUCACCUGCUUCCUGCCUCCCCCGCCCAUCACACAUGGCUUUUAGGACACAAGCAGGAGUUGAGUCUGCUUGUCCGAGAGUACAUCCCUCUAAUCACUUCUCCCCUAAAGUGAACAUUUUUGUGCAGGCAGACAGUUCAAAGUCUGGAGAAGAGGACAUCAUUGCCUGGGCAUGACCUUGUGGAAAGCAGCUCCCCAGUGGAAACCUGAAAAACCCAACCUAAGCCAAAUCCCUGAGUGUAUUCGUGCUUAUGCGCUGUGUGAUCUUGUGAUCUGAUAUUUCACGUUUGUAUAUUUACGUAUAUAUUUCCACGUAGUCUCUGCGGAGCCAGUACAUACACAUCCUGUGUUUGUAAACCCAAGUAGCUAGUUCAUGCGUGUCUAGGAUAGAUGGACAUUUACCGUAACACUGAACCUGAAGAAGUGGACUCACCACAACAAAUACAAUCACGUGUAAGCUUCCGGCAUUUCUCUUGCAUGGGCCUUUCCUGGACCCGGGGAGGAGCAUGAGCGGUAUGUUCAUAUAAUAAUACGUUUUGUUUAAAAAAAAAAAAAAAAAAAGGUGAACGUAAGGUACUUUUGGAUUCUUUUCCCAGAGGGCCCCUAAGCUAUAUAUGCAUCUAGCCUCAUAGUUGCUGCCUUUGUGUCAAGGUUAGUUGUUCCUUCAAUUUCAAACAAGUCAGAUCAAAGUAAGAAGAGGGAGGGACAACAGACUUUGAGAGCCAAAAAAUAAACUCAGAGUUUGCGUCUCAGAUCCAAUCAGUUACUCAUUUACCCAAAAGGACUUAAGGGGCUGUGGCCAUCCAUCAUUGUGUUUAUCGAGGCAAAGCCUGCUUUGAUAUCAGAUUGUAUUUUUCUCUCCUCCAAUUGCUUUGGUUUUACUUAGGGAGCCAUUGGGGAAGUGGGGCUCGGUAACCUGAAAGACAAAAACAGACUAUGAUUCCCCACCUACACCCAAACACACACACCCAAACACGUCCACGCACAGGUAAAUAAAUAAUAGCGAGAAGAAGAAAAAUGAAAUAGAAUUCUAGCUUUAAGGGAAAACAUGAGAUUGGUUUGUUUUUAAUGCCAGACAAGACUUCUUAAAGAAAGAAAGAAAACAGACCUGUAACUCCACAACUCCUCAAAGGUGUUUUUGGGUUUUCUUGUUCUUGUUCUUGGCUUGCUGGUUCUCGGGGGGCCUGCUGUUGUUACGUCUUCUUGUCUAUGUAGAGGUGGUGUAUAGGUAUGUAUUUAUGCCUGUGUCUGCGUGUGCACAAGUGUGUGCGUGUGCAUGUGCUGAUGUAUGUUUAGGUUAGAGGUUGAUAGUGCUCUCUCCCUCCAUCGUGGUCUAUUUUACUGAGGCAGGGUCUCUUGCUGAGAGCGAAGCUUCCCAGUCAGGUGAGCCAGCUUGCCUAGAGGAUCCCCCCACUCCCACCCCUCAAGCCCUGGCCCUACAUGCGGGCUGCCAGGCUCACACGACAUUUACAUGAGCCCUGGGGGUCCAGUUCAGACCCUCAUGCUUGGGCAGCAAGCGUGUUCCCCAAAUCAGCCAUCUCCCCAGCCCUUGAGGUGUUUUCUGUAUUUAUUAUUAGUGGGGAGGGUCAUGCUUGUCGUGACAUGUGUGCAGAUAUCAGUGAACAAUUUUGUGGAGCUGGUUCUUGCCUUCCACCUUUUCUGUGGGCUAUGUGGGCCAAGUUCAAGUCACUCGGCUUGCCCAGCAAGCCUCUUCACCUGUGAAGUCAUUCCCUCAAAGAUGGUUUCUAAAGAAUUUUAUAUGAAGCUGGGCAUUAUGAAAAUCACAGUGCUGAAGACUUGGGAGCAGUGCUUAUGAAAUGUUAAAUUAAGGCCAGCUAACGGUGUAUACAGGUGUGUGCAGGGCAAAAGCUGGGAGCCGCACACUUCACAGAGAGGGCUGUGUCAUCUCCUUCAUCAGCUGCAUAUGGACAAAGUGUCAAACAUUUAAUGCUAUGCUUAAAUAUGCUAAUUAAGCUAGUCCUCACACCAGCAGUUAUAUAUACACACACAUAUACACACACACACACACACACACAUUGCUUCAAGCUAUCCAUGGGUUUGCGCACAAAUGACAAGAAAAGGCUUAGGCCUCAUCCCCUUGGUUGAUCACAGCUUUAGGAUAUGAAAAAGUACGAGUGCAGGUGUGCAGAUGCUCCUGCCCAUUCUAGGUUCUAAGCGUCACUCUUCGCAUCCCCUGUGUAGACUUCAACCGUAUUUUAAAAUGUAUUUUCCUCUUCUGACUCCCUAAGCAAGGACUGUUUUUGGUCAGAAUGGCCAACUGCUCCACCUGUGGCUACCUUACCUUAGUGGGCUGUGUUAAUUCUCAGACUAUGUCACUCAUUGUACCUGGCUCCCUAAAACUACUUACUAUGGCUCAGUGGGAUUUAUGAUAGGCAAAUAAAUCCACCCAAAAAUAAAAGCACAAUCAUAAAACAAGACUACAGAUGGGGGAGGGCAGCCUUGUCAGGCCACAGAGGAAGACAAUGCAGCCAGUCUUGAUGAGACCUGAUAACCUCGGGUCGGAUAGAAGGAGAGGAGGACCUCCCCUAUCAGUGGACUAGAGAGGGGUAUAGGGGGAGAAGAGGGAGGAAGGAUGGGACUGGGAAGAGAUGAGGGAGGGGGCUGCAGCGGGGAUACAAAGUGAAUAAAUUGUAAUAAAUAAAAGACUACAAGGACAGAUGUAUACAGAAAAAUCCCAGACUAUUACCAAAGGCAGAGUUAGCUACAAGUUCAGCUUUGGGCUGGCUUUUUGGCAGCCAUGACAAACAGUGAGUCACUGCUUCCUUUUCCUCUUAAUACAAACAAGAACAAAUUGGAAGAAAACUUUAUAGAUUCACCUUUACCAUUACCACAAUUGGAAAUACUCAUCUUUAAAUAAAUGCCCCCCCUUUUUUUUUCAUCUUAGAGAAAUGGCUCUAUGAAAUCCAGAACUGAGUGACUCUAUAGUGUUCAUGUCCCCGAAGCCUGAGAAACUGCCUCCAACAAGGCUUUGAUCCUAAGCAGCCAACAAUAACCUCAAGAUGUAAGGUCUAAGCAAUGUCUGGGGGUACUGGGCAACAGGAAAGUCAUUUGAAGGCAUAAAGAAGUAGAAUUUAACAUCCAUGGUACAGGGCUGGGAGGUGGAUCAGUAAGUAAGGUGCUUGCCUUUUAAGUUUGAGGACAGGAGUUCAAUCCCCAAAACCCACAAGAAAAGUCAAGUACAAUGCUGUGUGCUUGCAAUUCCAGCAGUGGCAAGAUGGGGAGGUGGGACUGAACAUCUGGAAGCUCAUUAGCCAACUAGCCUGGCCUACAUGGCGAGGGUCCAGGCCAAUGAGACCCUGCCUCAAACAAAAAGUACAUGUACAUAGCAGUGACACUCAAGGCUGUCCUCUGGCACAAACACACACACACACACACACACACACACACACACCACACAACAUACACACAAUAUUAAUGCUUAACUCAUUCCAAACAGAUAAGCAGUCAGGUUUCGUGAUAUGGAAAUUUAUGUUUCACCUGUUAAAGCACCUAUAUUUAUAAUUCAAUUACAAGUUUUAAAUAUUUUAUUUUAUAUAUAUAUAUAUGAGUGUUCUGCUUGCACGUAUGCCUGUGUACUGUGUGCAUGCCUGGUGCCAGUGGGAGCCAGAAGAGGGCAUUAGAUUCCCUGGGACUAGAGUUACAGAUGGUGGUAACCACGUGGGUACUAGGAGUCAAACCUGGGUCCUCCAUAAGAACAGCCAGUGAUCGUCACCACUGAGCCAUCUCUCCAGGCCCCAAAGCAUCAGUUUCAAAGACAACUUGUUCUCUGGAUUUCUUUCAUCUAAAAGAUGGGAACAAACCUGUUAAAGUAAAUGUUAACCCAACUUUAGUUCAAAAAGUCAGUCAGCUUCAACUCGACAUCAUGAAAACAGAUCCGACAGAUGCUGAGAGAAGGGUAUAAUAAUAGGUAAUACACUGGGGCUGGAAAGAUGGCUCAGAGCACUUGCUACUCUUGCAAAAUACCCAAGUUUGGUUCCUAGGACUCACCUUGGGCAGCUCACAAUCACUUGGGACUCCAGCUCCCUGGAUCAGACACCCUCUUCUGGCUUCUGUGGACUUGCACUUAGGUGCACACAAAUACACACACAUGAACAUAGUUAAAAGUAAAAUAAAUCCUUUUUUUUAAUGAA